CCUUGUCUAUAAAAGCAGCCUGUGUGAGACUCUGGUUUGUGUCUGGUCUUCGGUCCAGUGUGUCUGACACAGAAACAGACACAGAAGGCAGGUGCCUGAUCUCUGGGGCAGACUGAGACGAAGAUGGCCGCUCUGGUCCUGCUGGUGCUCUUUGGGACAGCAAUGUCCUCCAUGCAGCCUCAAGACCCUGAACUAAACAGCGCUUGGAACGCCUGGAAGAAUUCACAUGCGAGACAAUAUAGAGAGGAUGAGGAAGGCUAUAGGAGGAAGGUCUGGGAGGACAACCUGCGUUUCAUCGAGCAGCACAACCUGGAACACUCCCAGGGCAAUCACAGCUACACGCUGGGCAUGAAUCACUUCGGGGAUCUGACCCAGCAGGAGUUCAAUGAGCUGAUGACAGGAUUUAGUCCUGAUGAGUCCCUGGAGAACACUCCUGUCUCCAACUGGACAAUAAGCCUCAGAAGAUCCCCAAGGGAGGUUGACUGGCGCAAUAAAGGAUAUGUUACCAAAGUCAAGAACCAGGGAGCCUGUGGGUCCUGCUGGGCCUUCUCUGCCGUAGGAGCUCUGGAGGGUCAGCACUUCAGGAAGACGGGCAAAUUGGUGUCCCUGAGUGAGCAGAACCUGGUGGACUGUACCAAGAACAUAAAGUACAUUAACUUUGGCUGCAGAGGAGGGCUCAUGGACAGAGCUUUUAAAUACAUCAAGGACAACAAGGGGAUUGCCUCUGACAAGAGCUACCCUUACACUGCCAAGGAUAAUGGAGGAUGCCGAUAUAAGCCAGGCCAGAAGGCUGCCAGCUGCAGAGGUUUCAAAUGGGUUCCUCGUAAGAAUGAGAAAGCUCUCAGAGAUGCGGUGGCUGUCGUUGGGCCUAUAUCUGUUGCCCUCGAUGCCGGUCGGAGGACCUUCCAGUUCUACCGUUCUGGAAUUUACUAUGAUAGAAAGUGCUCCAAAACUAUAAACCAUGCAGUCGUGGCAGUGGGAUAUGGUGUCUCUUUGUUCAAAUCUGCAUACAGACGCCCCACCGAAUUCUGGAUUUUGAAGAACAGCUGGGGUCGCCAGUGGGGUGACAAAGGAUACAUACGGCUGGCCAGGAACUACGGAAACCACUGUGGAAUAGCCAACUAUGCAGUGUACCCCAUUGUGUGAGACCUCUGUCCACAACUGCUGCCCAAGAAACUAAAAUUCAGAUCCAAGGGUGACGAAGAAACAAGAUCACUUUAUGCCAUUCCACAACGCUACACAGAAAUGUUUGUAUUAAGGUUUUGCCUUGCAGGUCAUGCGAUAUGUAAUGCAAAAAACAUUUUUAAAGAAGAUGUGAUCUAAAGGUUAUUUGUCAGAUUUGGCAUUGGCCUUUUUCUUGAAGAAGUUAUGUUUACAGUAUUACUGAAACAUUAUUUCAGAUUUAACAUUCAUUUAAAUUCCAUCCUUCCUGUAUUUUAGUUUCAUGCAAACAUAGCUUUAAGAGCCCAAUAAUGAUCAGUGCCAUUGCUUUCUUUUCUGUUACUAUAUUAUCCAGCAGUGAAUUCUUCAGCUAUUAUUUUCAGCAAUAAACCGAACAUCUCACCAUCCUUAAUGUACUCCAAGUACACAGUAAAUGAAACCAUGAUGUCAAACAUUUGUAAACCUGGUAUUAUGGUUAUUAUGGUUCUGGUGCUGUUUUUGCAAUAAAAUUUAUAGCAAAGCAUCUUGUUUUA